AUAAUUCAUUAGUGUAGUUGCUUGGUGACAGAAAGUACUACUGUUCUAAAAUUCCAAGUUCAUCGUCUUCAAUCUACACCCAGAGAAUACAAUACAUUACACUAGCCAUCAUGCCUGUUAACACAAUGAUUCCUCAGCACGACCAGACAUUAGUAAAAGGAAAACAUAAUUUGGGCCUAAAUACAUUUGUGGCAUUUGAUUCGUUAUUGGACGAGUUAGACAAGAGCCUGGACGACGUCGCCACCCAGAUGAGCUCUGUGAAGAGAGCCAGGGACGAGUUGCACUCUACAACAAAGACACUUCGGCAGAAUCUGGAUCUGUGCGCAACCAACUCUUGGUACGACGCAGAGUAUUGUCAAAAACUGAAGAGGGUUUCUUCGGAGAUAAGGAAAAGAGAGGAGGUUGUGAAGACUCUGGAGAGAAAAGAGACACAGCUGUCCCGCUCGCUUUUGAGUGUUAUAACGGAUUGGGUGAAUGAAGUAGAGCGAAACCUCGGUACUCAGUCUGAAAGCUCUGGCAGAGCUGGUGAAGAUAAAGUCACUCUAAUGGAGAAAGCAGCAGGGAUCUCACAUUGGAACAAAUAUUCUGGUGGCGUACCUGAAUUGAUGGAGCUUUAUACCAACCACUAAUAAAGAUGCAGGUGGCUGCAAUAAAUAAAAUGCAAGUUCUAAAAUAAAUGUGAUUUUGUUUACAGUGUUUAAAAUUAAAAUGGGCGGAUAAUAUAUACCA